AUGAAAAGAUUUGAUUCUCUGGGGUUACAACCGUCUCCUGCACGAAGAGGCCCAAGAAGUUUUCAUGAUAUUCCAAGCUCUUUGGUUUCACCUUUUUGUCCUGACCACGAAAUAACGCAUUCAACUCCGAAACCAGUAAAAGAAAGAACUCAGUUUUUUCCGUUGCUAGAGUCUCCUUCUGCGUCUCCAAUAUCAGGAGGGCCAAAAACAGCUAAAAAAGUACGGUUUAAAGAUGUUGAUGUUUUCUUGUUUGAAAGAUCUCAGAGUUUUGACACUGUUCCUACAAAGGGCGGGGCUGCUUUAGGCAUGGAUGGGAAACAUUAUGAUGUGAAAAGGAUAUCUGUUGCGGAACAUGAGUUAUUUCUUAGUGCAAGACAGGAUCAUUGGUGUUUCGACGAGGGUUCAGGUGCCGACGGAGCAAGUUCCUCUAGUUCUCACGCGUUCGCUCAGGGUCCCCAUGUGCAGCACGCUGAUGAAACGCACCGUGGAGGACUAGUGCAUGGCGAUUUCUCAGCUUACAGUGUCAACGUCAUGGAUGAAAAGAAUGAAAAACUACUUGAGGAGGAUCCAUAUCCGUCAAGUUUUUUCUGUUCGUCCGCUUUCUACAAAAGUCCUCUGAAUGAAAAAACCCGCCGGCGUCUUUUGCGAGAAGCUGGUGUACAGGUUGAUAAAAAUGAUCGUGUUGACUGUAACUUUAUUCGAACAAGCCGAGAAUCAUGUGGGUGUUUGUGUAAAGAUGGGGAUUGCACCUCAGAGUCUUGUGAGUGUAUUAAAGAAGAAAUUUGUUGUCAGAAUGAACGGGCAUACUUUCCUUGCCGUUGCACAGUUGAGACCUGCAAAAACCCAUAUGGUUUUGUUGAAUUUAACCCCGAACGAGUUCGGUCCCAUCAAACAAAUGUUUUCAUUCGCUUGAAGAAGUUUCCUGAUGUACUGAAUUCUACCUUCUUUAUAUGGUUUUACGAAGGCUCUGAUAUGUCAGUAAUACCUGAAUCAGGCUGUGACUCUACUAGUGGGAAUUUAAUGUAUCUGUUAAAAGAAAAAGAUAUCGAAGAAGAACCUUUCAGCGGUUGUGCCAGUAGUACAGAAACUGAGGUUAGACAGUCACAGAACAUAAGAUGUGAUGGGGCUGACUGUACUUAUAUUUAUUCAAGUAAUUUGUCUGGAAACUCUGAAGGACUCGGGUUAAGAGCAGAAGAUGCUGAACUGGCUUACUACAAACGUGUUGCUGCAAAUGAAGAAGUAUAA